UCUUUGAUCUACCGAGAAGGUUCCCGGGGCAUCAAAACAAACACAGCAGCCCCCCACAGGCGGUAGCUUGUGUCAUUGAGAGCUGCUGCCGUUACAUUUCACUCUGCUGCGUCACCAUGCAACUCAAAUCAUGUUGCAUUUACAGCAUCGGAGUUUUUUCUAUCCUCCUUCUGAUCUCGGGCAUUGUUUUGGUCCUGUCCAACGUGUUUCCUCUCCUCACCCAGUCGUUGGUCGAAAAGGAAGUCGUUUUGAAGAAUGGUACCGAGGCAUUUGAGGCCUGGAAGAACCCACCGGCACCUAUUUACAUGCAGUUUUACUUCUUUAAUCUGACCAACCCACUGGAGGUGCUGGAUGGAGAUAGGCCUGCUGUGGUGGAGAUCGGUCCGUAUACUUACAGAGAGUACCGGCCCAUGGAGCAAGUGGACUUCCAGGAUAAUGGCACUAAAGUCGCGGCUGUCAACACAAAGACGUACAUUUUUCAGCCUAACAUGUCCCGAGGUCCAGAGAGUGAACUCAUCAGGACGGUCAAUAUUCCUGCAAUGACGGUGAUGGAGCAAUUCAAGGACCAGCCGCUGAUCGCCAAUCUGAUCGCCGCCUACAUGAGGUCCGCCGACGAGGGCUUGUUCAGCACCCACACGGUGGGAGAGCUGCUGUGGGGAUACGAAGACGCCCUCCUCAAAGCUCUCAAAACUCUAAAGCCUGACUUGGAUGAUGUGUUCGGACUCUUCCAUAAGAACAAUGGUUCCAACGACGGUCAAUAUGUCUUCUUCACUGGCCACCAAAGCUACCAGGACUUUGCCAGAGUGGACACGUGGAACGGUGACAGAUCACUGAGUUGGUGGACGUCUGAUGAGUGCAAUAUGAUCAACGGAACCAAUGGAGCAUCUUUCCAUCCCGUCAUCGCCAAGAAUGAGACUCUCUACAUGUUCUCCUCUGACCUGUGCAGGUCCCUGUACGCUGUGUACGAGGAGGACGUGACGGUGAAGGGGAUCCCCGCGUAUCGCUUCAGUCCCCCCAGCGAUGUUUUUGCCAAUCACACCGUGAACCCGGCCAACGCAGGCUUCUGUGUCCCCAUUGGAAAUUGCCUGGGCUCCGGCGUGCUGAACGUCAGCCCAUGUAAACAAGGAGCUCCCAUCGUCAUGUCUUCACCACACUUCUACCAGGCGGAUGAGAAAUAUGUUCAGGGCGUAUUUGGAAUGAGGCCUCAGAAGGAGCAGCAUCAGACUGUAAUUGAUAUCAAUCCGUUUACAGGAAUCAUCGUACAAGCGGCGAAGCGGCUCCAGAUCAACGUAUUUGUCGAGAAAAUCCCCGGCUUCAGUGAAACAGGAAAUGCGAGGACAGUGUUGAUUCCUGUGGUUUAUCUCAACGAGAGCGCCCUCAUUGAUGACGCGUCUGCCGCGAAGCUGCAUAAGAUCAUCGUGCAGCAGAACGUGGUGGUGAACAUUCCCUUCCUGUUUAUUGGUCUAGCCAUCAUCCUGGGAGGAGUCUUCAUGUUCCUGAUGUGUCGACAGAAGGUCCCCGAGAGCUCUGCGGCUGAACGGCAGCCGCUGCUGUCGUCAUAGCACCAAACCGAAUGUAACACGAAGCAGCGUUGCCGUAUUUGCAUUAGAUUUCACAUUUCAUGGGUUCAAUGGAUCGCGGCCGUUAAAAUCAUUAAUCCCAAGUUUCCAUUAUGAACCACUGUUACGCAUUUUAAUCAGAUUUUCAGUGCAACGGUUUUAGGAAACAAAGUGAAAAGGUUAGUUACAGGGACGGGGUGAAUGUCGUCUUUACAAGUCAUUUGGAAUGAUCAUGAAAAAACAGCAUUUAAAAAUAAAUUAACAGCGUGAAUUUGGCGGAUUAAAUCGAUCACCGAAUCUAAUUUGAAUGAUCUUUGGAGUACGCCCUAAACUGAUCACACCUAGUGCGUUUUAUUGAUUAACCAUAGCCAAUAUUAUAAUAAUGUAUAAUCUGUCUCAGUGUGUGACCAUAGAUGCAUGUCUGUAUAACUGAAAUAUUGACGGAGGAAUAUUUUGUGUUUUUUUAAAAUAUACCACUAAUCUGUUUUUAGAACCGUCUGGUUUUGUUGUUGGUUGUUGACGCAUCAACAAGAAGAAAGUUUGUACAGCUAUUUUAUUAGCUAAGAUAAAUAUCUUUUCUUUUUUUCCACGUCAACAUUUCAAAUUUCUGAGUUGUGAAAAACAACUGCAUAACGUUUUAUUACUGAUGUCUUAAACCUUUACCUCUCAGCUUCCUUUUGUAGGGCCGUACACCCUUGUUACCUUCAGUGGAAAUCUACUAAUCCACAAUAUCUAAAUGCUAUGAUCUGCAACCACAUCCAAAAGUAUUACACAAUAUCAGGAUAAAGGAAAGUAUUUUUUUGGUGCACAGUACAAUGUCUUCUUUUCCCUAAUUUCAAUAAUUUCAUUUAAAUGGGAUGAUUUUGAAUACUACUGAUAUUAGUACUUUUUAUACUAAUUAUAAUAGUAUAAUAAUUAUACUACUGCUAAAAUCCUUGUUGGAACACUCAUGUUAGUGACAGCACUAAUAAAUAGAAUAUGUUGUUUUUAACCACCCUGGAUUUUCCAUGAUUUUAUUUUUAAAUGCUGCACUUUUUAAUAGACUUGUUUCAGAUGAUAUAUUGUUACGAUAUUUUUUUUUUAUUAGGUCAGAUGGAAAUAAAAAUGAAUUUUCUGCUCCAUAACUACAUAGAACGUUUCUACAAAGUGUAAUUUGCUAUUUGACCACUGACGAAUCGCCUUGUGUUCAUUUUGUUUUGGUCCUUGUUUACAACACUACUCUCACAUAGUGAAAUCCAUGUGUAAUAACUGUUCAGGUACUCUCAAUAUCACAUAUAACCAUUCGCACAUUGUCUUGCCACUUGCUAAACUUCUAUAAACCUGGUGUGCUUCA